CGUACGCGUGCGCGGCACAGGCUCGAAAUGAUUGCGGAAAUGAAUGCAGCGGCAGCGACGUGCUGGGGGCGGCUUUGGUGGGCCGCAUCGAUCGCUCGUCCCUAGCAGCACGUCGAGUCCAAGUGCGUGGGCGGUACUGAGGCACCCCCGGUGAGGUCGUCGGCCAUGGCGAAGCAGCUGCGAAGCGUCGCGGCAACGGUCUGCGUGACCACGCUGCUGAUGCUCUUCAAUUUGGCGUUCAGCUGCUCGGGCCUGGCCGUGAUGUGCAUCGGCAUUUGGAUGAAGCUGCAAUUGCAGGACAGCUCGAGCUUUGGCAUUGAGAACAGUGGGGAGACGUUGCUGGCCGUAAUUUUACUUGGUAAGCUCGUGGCCCUGGUCGGCAUCUUCGCCUGCUGCUGCACCACGCGCCAAUAUCCGGCUCUCCUCUACCUUUACGGUGGAUUUUUAGCGGUAAUCACCUUACUUGAACUCGGCGUCGGCGCUUUAAUAUACACAUACCGUAGUUCUUUAGUCGAAGGCUUCGACCGAGGCCUCAAUGAUAGUUUGACUGCCUAUGGUACUGAUAAAACCAAGAGCUUUCACGUUGAUAUGAUGCAGAAUACGCUUCAUUGCUGCGGCAACAAAGCUUAUACUGAUUGGUUGAACAUGGCACCGUCUAAAGUUGUUCCUAGUUCUUGCUGUAGUGUUCAAGAAGGUGAAUGCGAUACAACAGAUACCGACGAUAUUUAUACCGAGGGCUGUUACAACCGCGUGAUAUACUUCAUCAAGAGCAAUGUCAGUCUCGUCGCUGGAAGCGCUUUCGGCGUUGCUGUUUUUCCACUGCUCGGCGUUUUUCUGUCCUGCUGCUUGGCCAAUCACAUCAAUAAAAUUCACUAA